AUGGCUGUGGUCGCGCUAUGGCGCCAAGCACAAAUGGAUGUGGGGAAGUUGGGUUGGGAUAGAAGGUGGAUUCAUCUCGCUGAGGGGCUUUACUCGCUUACGGGCGAUGCCUAUCCUAGCGAUCGGGUCAUGUAUCGUGUCCAUGAGACGCAGGAUACCUUGACUCUCGCUCAGCUAGAAGAGAAUUCUCGCCGUUCUGCAAGCGUUCUAGUCGAACAGCUCGGAAUCGGAGUGGGUGAUGUGGUCACCAUUUUUGCUCUCAACUCGAUCCAAUACCUAGUCGCUUUCUUGCGCUGUCUGGCAGCCGAAGCAUUUGCUUCACCUAUCGCCCAUCAAAAAUAUCUCGACGUCAAGGCUCUGGUCUCAAGAGUCCAGAGCGUCGAUACAAAGUUGUUGAUCACGGACCGCACUUUGUACCCUACCAUCAAAGAAGUUGCAGCUCUGUGUGAAAACAUCAGAGUAGUCAGUAUCGACAACAAUACCGAUGUUCCCUGUAUGGAGCAACUCAUGGCUCACGGUGACCCUGCUUUCAAUGCUUUCCAUUUGGACACCGUAUAUGCCGCGGAAUCGCACACAGCCAUGAUCUUCCGAACGAGUGGUUCAACGGGAGUUAUCAAAUCUGUGCUCAUGCCUCAUCUCCAUUGGAACGUCAACACGCUCACAACCGCUCUUACCGUUCCGGAGGACACAAACAGUGGAAAAAGAUAUGUGGAUUGCCACACUGCCUUUCGCUUACAAAUACCGGUCAUUAUACUCUUGCAACCCUUCAAUCGGACAGCACUGUCACUCAUCGAUACGUACAACAUUACAUUUCUCUUUGUGACACCGCCACUAGCCGUCGAGAUCGCCAAGAAUGAUGUCCAUGGAAGCUUUGACAGCAUCAAGUGGCUUCUCUCGACAGGCGCUCCAAUCCAUACCAGCAUCAGGGAAGCAAUCCAGCACAAAUUCCACGAGACGCGGUUAGCGCUAGAAUGGGCGUCGACGGAGACGCUCCUCAUUGCUUUACAAUUCGAUGGUGUGCCCUACCCUCCAGGAUCGAGCGGCAGCCUUGUCAACGGCAUGGAAGCGCGCGUGGGGAGCCUGCAAACUGGCGAAGAACUAGGUCCUAAUGAGAAAGGGGAGAUUCUUGUGCGAAACAGUUUGUGCAAGUUUGCGGGCUACCUCAACAAUGCUGCAGCUAUCAAUGGCUUUGACGUUGAUGGCUGGUACCACAGCGGCGACGUGGGCUAUAUUGACGAGAACAGCAAUGUUUUCAUCAUUGACCGUGUCAAACAAUUUCUGCGCGUCGGUGACGGCUACGGCACGCAUCUUGUGCCCGGCGAGCUGGAGGCUGCGCUGUUCGACCAUCCCGCAGUUGGCAUGGCCGUCGUCGUUGGAAUCCGUAACGAGGCCACGCAGCUUGAGCAUCCAACUGCGUUUGUUGUUUUGCGUACCAACUACGUCUUGGGCAAAUCGCACAUCCCGGACCUCGCUGCUGAGUUGCAACGCUUUGUGGAGGUAAAACUUGGCACGUUCAAGAGGCUUUCUGGUGGUGUCUACUUUGUGGAGAAAUAUCCGCAGACUGGAUUCAAGGUUGAUAGACGUAUGCUAGCGUCGUUAGCAGACCCUAAGACUGCGAUGGCGAAUCCUGCUGGAGUGAUCAAAGUAGCAAUGGCGUAGGUACUUUCCAUCUAUC